CUGCUAGCGGGUUUGGGUGUCUUGCAUUUGUGGCGUUUAGAUUCGGUGUGUUUUCUGCAUGGAGGGGGAAGAGAAGAGAGCAUAGGAGGGGGAAGAAAAGAGAGCAUAGGAGGGGGAAUGUGCACAAGCAUAGAUGUAUACAUUGCAGAUUAUGCAGCGCUCGUCUACCUACCUAGCCUGGUAUUUGUUUGUUAUUUGUUGCUGGACGCGUGGGGGACGCGUCAGCGUGCACUUCCCUCGAGCUCACCGCGUCCGCGCUUUUUAUCGCACGCUCAUUCUCCCCCUAAUGUUGCUUUUGUUGCGUACUUGUGGUGCUGUGCGGUUCUGUCCGACACUACAGACGUAACAACGCUCGUAACAACGCUGGACGCAAACAUGGAAUGUCGACACAUCGGUCAGAGCUCGCGUCUAUCGACCUUGAGAGAUGCACUACCUCUCACACCAACAGCCGCGUCCCAUCAUCCAAGUAGGUACGAACAUCCAAACACGAGACCGUGCAACCUCGCAUGCCUUGCUUCUCAAAGCAUCGGAGCUCUCACAUCACGUAGCCAUCGUUGAGCAAAGUCGCCACGCUGCCCCAGUGACGCCUACUCUCACUCUACCGCAUCAACGGCUGGUGUUAUGGCGUAGGCCACAAGCUUGUCUGCGCAAUGUGAGCUUGAGAGAGGAGGUCACUGCGGCGCUCUUAGUGGUAGAGCGGCCUCGAACGGCUGCACCCUUUUUGCAGGACGUAUCGGGCGUCUUUGUACGCUUUGCAGACCAGUUCAUGAAGGAGAUCGGCACAUUGUACUUGGCGUCUUGGCGUGCCGAGUCGAACAACUUCACGCAUGCGACUGACCAAGGCAGAAGACUGGUUCAAAUCCGGGGUGGGAUGGAUAACCACUUCAGCACUAGUGUCAUGACCAGCUGUGAGCGGUUGAAGCCAAACCUUUGUGGUUGCACGGUAGCUACAGGCCCAGUUCCACCCAACGGACGCCGAGUCUACCAUCUGGAAGGCCAAGAUCACGAAUGCUCACCAACUCGACGACGCUUACAAAAGCUUGCAGUUUGGCUUGGCAAGACGCCGAGAACCCGUGUCCACCGCCCACGUGCAUGUUCAAAGUUGCGAGGCGAGCAUAUAUUGUAUUUUGACGAUUGCCCAAAUUCCUCUGCAGUUCCCGCAGCUUCCCACUUCGAACCCCGAAUUGCUUCAAACUAUACGGCUCCCACCAGCUCUUUGCACCGUGACCACUGACCGUCACUACACCACCGCUAACCCACUCGUCGCCAAUCACGGCGUAAACACGGAGGAGUCUGUCCCAGAACCCGUGCUGAAGUACUCUAUGGAAUUCACAAUCAACA